UUAGGUUUAAAAACACAGGUGCUCAAGAAAUACAAAAAGAAAGUAAAAGAAAAAUAACAACUUCGAAAUUUUAAUUUUAAAGGAUAAGAGAAGAAUAGCUGCUCUCUUCUUCUUCGUCGUCCUCUUAAGCUGCUGCGACAGAGGAGAAAGCUACGAACUUUAGAUGUCACAAACUGUAAUUUUCAAGCCGUUCGUCUCAGUUCCAUCAAGUAAUCACAGAGAGAGGAAACUACAGAACAAUAGUAUUAAUGUUGGUGUUAAAAUCCAAAACCGGUUCAGAGUUGUUUGUAUGGGGAUGCUUGCCCCAAGGAAGUUUUUGCAAAAGAGGAGGAAGAUGGAGGUUUUCAAAGAUGCAGCAGAUGAGGUUGAUCAGAAGAGAUGGAGAGGGCUAAUGUUAGAGAUCGAAUCGGCUGGUUCUGCAGUUUCUGUCCUUAGGCAGUACAAAACUGACGGUGACCAAGGUCUUCCCAGGGACCUUGUUUUGGGUACUUUGGUUAGGUUCAAGCAGCUAAAGAAAUGGAACCUCGUCAGUGAGAUUCUUGAAUGGCUUAGAUACCAAAACUGGUGGAACUUCAGUGAAAUGGACUUUCUGAUGCUCAUCACAGCUUACGGGAAGCUAGGAAACUUCAACGGAGCCGAGAGGGUUUUAAGCGUACUAAGCAAGAUGGGAUCGAGUCCAAACGUGAUCUCCUACACCGCUCUCAUGGAGUCUUACGGAAGAGGAGGCAAAUGCAACAACGCUGAAGCCAUAUUCAGGAGGAUGCAGUCCUCAGGGCCAGAGCCUUCUGCUGUGACUUAUCAGAUCAUACUCAAGACGUUCGUGGAAGGGAACAAGUUUAAAGAAGCUGAAGAGGUUUUCGAGACUCUUUUAGAUGAGAAGAUAUCUCCGUUGAAGCCGGAUCAGAAGAUGUAUCACAUGAUGAUAUACAUGUACAAGAAGGCUGGAAACUAUGAGAAGGCUAGAAAAGUGUUUUCUUCAAUGGCAGAGAAAGGAGUUCCAAAGUCUACUGUUACUUACAAUAGUCUUAUGUCCUUUGAAACUAACUAUAAAGAAGUGUCAAAGAUCUAUGACCAGAUGCAAAGAUCUGAUAUUCAACCUGACGUUGUAAGUUAUGCUUUGCUUAUCAAAGCAUAUGGAAGAGCAAGGAGAGAGGAGGAAGCUUUAUCUGUUUUUGAAGAGAUGCUUGAUGCUGGUGUAAGGCCAACGCAUAAAGCUUAUAACAUUUUGCUUGAUGCAUUUGCUAUUUCUGGAAUGGUGGAGCAAGCAAAGACCGUUUUUAAAAGCAUGCGACGGGACAGAUUUUAUCCGGAUCUCUGCUCUUACACAACAAUGUUAUCAGCGUAUGUAAACGCUUCAGACAUGGAGGGUGCUGAGAAAUUCUUCAAGAGGAUAAAAGUAGAUGGUUUUGAGCCGAAUAUAGUAACCUAUGGGACAAUGAUAAAAGGUUAUGCCAAAGCAAACGAUCUUGAUAAGGUUAUGGAGGUAUAUGAGAAAAUGAGGUUAAGUGGCAUCAAAGCGAACCAAACCAUCUUAACAACGAUCAUGGAUGCGUCUGGGAGGUGCAAGGAUUUUGGGAGCGCUCUUAGUUGGUACAAGGAGAUGGAGAGUUGUGGUGUUCCACCUGAUCAGAAAGCUAAGAAUGUGCUUUUAUCAUUGGCCUCAAGUCAAGAUGAGCUGGAGGAAGCUAAGGAAGUUACUGGUCUCGUAGAUGAGAAGACAACGAGCCUUGCUGGAGUCGAUGGAACUGAUGAUGAUGAUGAUGAUGAAGACAAUUAUAUCACUAGUAGUGAUGAGGAUGAAGAUGAUCUGGAGGAAGCUAAGGAAGUUACUGGUCUUAUAGAUGAGAAGACAACCAUCCUUGCUGGUGUUUACCGAACUGAUGAUGAUGAUGAUGAAGACAAUUAUAUCACUAGUAGUGAUGAAGAUGAAGAUGAGGAUGAGGAUGAAGAAGAAGAUGAUGAUGUUGAUGGUGCAAAAGAAACUGUGUUGUAUGAUAAAGCACAGGAAGGGUCUUUGGCUUAUGUUGGCUCGCAGACGGAAGAACUUGUGGAGUUAUGAAAACUACUAUAUGUUUUGUAAUCAUCAAAUGAGAUUUUGCAGAAGAGGACUUAAUAGGUUGUCCAUUAUUUGUGUUUGUAGUUUACGAAAUGAAAUUGUUACUCAAUCCUAAGAAACACAAGGUUUAGACUCCUUUGGUGGCUACCA